UGAGAGUCGGUUUCAUCACAUUCAAACUCCCCAAGAUAUACUUUAUUUCCACAAAAAUAUAAAGUGAUAGGAGCACCAAAAUAUGAUUUCAGAGGCACUAAGGUCAGCUCUCUUUCUCUUCUACGUCCUGAAUCUUUUAUUAAUUUCAAAUGCCACAACGAGUAUCGCUUUUGGUUUCACAAAUGAGACAGACAAGCAAGCUUUGUUAGCCAUCAAGGAUCAAAUUCGUGAACACCCCUUAAACGUUUUGGAACGAUUCUAUCCACUUUUGUAAUUGGCAAGGGAUUACAUGUAGUAGGAGGCAUCAGAGAGUGACCGUCCUAAACUUGUCCUCUCAGAAAUUAGUGGGUUCCAAUGUUCCAUGUCCGCUCAUAUAGGAAACCUUACCUUCCUUAAGGCGAUCUAUCUCGAGAACAACUUCUUCCAUGGCGCUAUCACUCCAGAAGUUGGUCGAUUGUUUCGGUUACAACAUUUUUCGCUUCACACAAACUCUUUCCAAGGUGAGUUUCCUGCUAAUUUGACUCACUGCUUAGACAUCAGAGUCAUCAACAUGUCAGAAAACAAUUUUGUAGGAAAAAUUCCUAGCGAGCUAGGAUCAUUGUCUAAUCUCUUAGAAUUGGAUCUUACCUUUAAUCAUUUCAGUGGCAAUAUCCCACCUUCCUUGGGAAAUCUAUCAUAUCUUCAAAAAAUUUUGCUUAGGCGUAACAGCCUAGAAGGAAGCAUUCCUUCUGAACUCGGACAGCUUUCCAACUUAGAGUACCUUCAGCUGUCUUCUAACAACUUGUCCGGUUUGGUUCCGACCUCUCUUUACAAUAACUCAUCCAUGAUUUACUUUGUCGUAACUAACAACCAACUACAUGGAAGCCUCUCGCCAAAUUUGGGAUUGAGCCUUCCAAAAUUACAAAUAUUCUUAUUUGCAGUCAACAACUUCUCUGGGCCUAUUCCAUCUUCACUAGCCAAUGCUUCUGGAUUUGUACACUUUGAUAUUACAAAGAACUCUUUUACUGGGUCUGUACCGAUGAAUCUGGGUAACCUUGGUGAUCUAGAAAAGCUAAACAUUGGUGGUAAUGAACUUGGAAGUAAUAAAACCGAUGACUUGAGCUUCCUCGAUCCUUUAACCAAUUGUUCGAAUCUGAUGGUACUGAAUUUUCAUAGGAAUCUUUUUGGAGGUGUAGUACCCAAUUCCAUUGGAAAUAUGUCCACCAAGCUCAUCUCGAUUUCAAUGCAAGGAAACUACACAUAUGGAAGCAUACCACAAGUCUUUGUGAACCUUAUCAGCUUGGAAGAUCUAGCAUUGAAUGAGAACAUGUUCACAGGCAGUAUUCCUGAGUCCAUUGGUAGACUUUCAAAUUUGCAGCAGCUAUCCAUUUACACAAAUAGCAUCUCUGGGCAAAUUCCAUCAUCUAUCGGAAACCUUUCUCUAUUCAUUAUUCUCGAAUUUGAGGAUAAUAUGCUAGAGGGAAGUAUACCUGUUUCUUUGGGUUACUGCAAAAACUCACUAAAAUUGGAUCUUUCAUCCAAUCACCUCACCGGGGCAAUACCAGAUCAAGUUCUUGCUCUUUCUUCCAUUACACUUGGUCUCUUCUUAGGUGACAAUCGCUUAACUGGACCAUUAUCGCCUCAAGUGGGUAACUUGAAGAAUAUAGGGCGUUUGGAUCUUUCAAACAACAAACUCUCUGGAGAAAUCCCAAGCACUCUUGGGAAUUGUCUAGUGUUGGAAUUUCUAUCUUUGAAGGGUAACUUUUUUGAAGGUACUGUUCCGCCAUCUUUCAAGCAAUUAAGAGGUCUUCAAGUCCUAGAUCUUUCUCGCAAUAAUUUGUCUGGGCAAAUUCCAAGUUUUAUAGGUGAGCUAUAACUAGUUGAAAAUCUCAAUCUGUCCUAUAAUAUGUUCGAGGGUGAAGUUCCAGCUGAAGGAAAAUUCAAGAACGGAAGUGCAUUUUCAGUUGUCGGCAAUAACAAGCUUUGUGGAGGAUUCCAGUCAUUGAAAUUGCCUGCAUGUCCCGAGAAAGCUCCAGCAAAAGAAAGGAAGCUCUCUGCUGGUAGAGUGAUAAUUCUAGUAACCAGUAUCACUGCUUCUAUUUUAUUGUUAAUUGCGUGUACUUCUACUAUUUUUUGUCGGAUCAGAAGAUCAAAGAAAAAAACCACUUCAGAUUAUCCAUUGGGGAAUCAGUAUCCAACUCUUUCUUAUGCAGAACUUCAACAGCUACCGAUGGAUUCUCUUUAGCCAACUUGAUUGGUGAGGGGAGAUAUGGUUCUGUUUAUAAAGGAAUUCUCGAUUCUGAAGAAGUUGUUGCUGUGAAAGUUCUCAACCUUUGUGACGUUUCCAAUUUUCUACAUUUUUCAUUUUUCCGGUAAUUCGUUGAUGCAAGGGUAUUUUGGUCUUUUCACGUUUUGUGUACGGGUUUUUAGUUGGGUCCAUUGCACUUUGUGCAUUUUAAUUUAUGUGGAUUAAGUGGUAUUUGUAUGUAGUGCAUUUAUACAUGUGAGGUGUAAAAUGAAAAAAAAAAUGAAAAGGGAAAAGAAAUUUAAAAGUGGUGGGACCCACCACUAUAUCAAGAGUGGUCUAGAGACCACAUUUCCAACCUUCAUUCUCUCUCCCCGCUGAAUCUCUCUCUCACUCUCUUGUUGUGCUUUUUCUUUUUCUUUUCUCUUUCAAUCUUUGAAUUACGGUAUCUCACUCAAUACUUGGUGGAUUGGAAUGCCGUUUGAGGCAAAACGGAGAGCACGGCGAGCUCUACGCGUUCAUACCAACAAUUUCAGCCUUGAGUAUCCCCUUGGCUUUCGAAAUUGGAGACCCAUUUUGAGGGUUUUACACAAAUUAAGGAAACGGGAAAGAAGUGGCGGAUGACUUUCCACCACAGGCCUAAUUUGGAUUAGAAGACUUCUUUUUGCUAUUUUUGUAUUAAGUCCCAUAUUUUUGUAAAAUCUUAGUUUGUUAUAUUUGGUAUAGAGAUUUGUGAACUCUUGUUAUUGUAACUAUAUUUUGGAACUGUAAUUAUGAUAAUUUGGAUUAAACGGUAUGUAGAUGUUCCACCAUGAGAUGAGCCAUGUUGAGGUAUAAUGAACGGAUGGAUGGGAUGUUGGAGUA